CAAUAAAAUCCUGCUUAGGGCACCCAUUUGGCGAGCAGCGGCCCUGCACUUACUUAUUAAUGAAUUCUUCGGUAAGUUCAUCUGUGCGUCAGAACAGUCCCCCACAGCGCGUCCUGCUGAGCGCAGCGGAUAAAGUCGGACGAAUGGGCGUUCACGAGCCGUCCGUAUGACAUCAUCUCUGAAGGGAAUUCUCGGUCAGUCCCCUAUAAAACCGGCUGUUCUCUCUAAUGCUGGAGUCACUGAGAGCACAACCGCUGCUAUAAAACACAGGACGUCUCGAAAACGGUCUACUUCAACCGCCAUGUCUUCAUACGCGUCUUCAGACUCUCGUCGCAUCAGGCCCGCCGUAAGCGGCGUCAAAUUCGACACGGCGCACCGCAAGAAAGCCUCGCCGAACAUCUUCGAGAACGUCAACCAGGACGUCCUGGUGAAACUCUUCGAGAAAGCCGGAGACCUGAAGGCGGUGGAGAGAGCCAGGAGCAUCCUCGCGCUGCACCAGGAUCCCGAGGGCAUCUCCAGAGCGCUCAUGGCUCUUCAGCAGGACAGGAUGGACAAAUGUAUGCUUAUUACCGGACUGACGCGCCAGUCGCUGAAGUUUCGAUGAGUGAAGUUUUCGUUGGGAAGCUGUGCAGAGAGUCAUGUUGGUGUGCUCUGAAAAUUCAGAGAGAGGAGGCUGAACUGAUCCAGCUCUUGAAAAGUUUUGCUUGAAGCCACCUGAGCAUUGAUGCUUCUUGACACCAUGGAGAACACUUGAAAUAUGGACUGAUGCCACGCGCGAAAUUUGCUUAUGAAGACGUUGGGUAUCUAUUGUCUGAAUUGCCAUGUUACAGUCAGCUAAAAAAAAAAAACAAUAAUAAUAAAAAAUAAAAAUAAUUGAUUAUCUCA